GACGUUGCCGUGACAAAUGCCGGUUGAGAUAAUUGCCGAUAUGUGUUCGUAACUAACUUUGGCGGUACAGUUUUUCUUAACAGAAUUUUAUAAGAUUUUUAUGUACACAAAUUUUAUUACAUCUCGAAUACAUGUGAAACGUAAAUGUUCUGUGCUCCGAACUACGAAUUUGUGACAUAUUUCAACGAAAUCCAUCCAGAACAGAUUUCCAUUGGCGCCCGUUUGGAGAACCUUUUCCCAUUAAGACAAUCUGGUGAACACGCAAUUCAAUGGGCUUGUCACGGAUAAACGAUGUUUCACGAAGAAUAUUACGAGACGAGACUUCUAUAUGCAUACGAUGCUCGAAUGCCUCAUAAUAGGUUUUGGUCUUUAAUCAGGAAGUGAAAUUUAAUUCAGCUGGCUUGAUUUAGGAUGGCUACUGAAGCUGAUCGUAGGAAGAAAAAAACCUAUAUCGAUCGGCUACACAAAUUAGCCUCGAGACGCGUGCCGAUCUUAGCAUGGUUACCGAAAUAUAACUCGGAAAAAUUCCUUAGCGAUAUUAUAGCCGGCAUAACAGUUGGUCUUACUGUUAUGCCACAGGGACUUGCAUAUGCAACAUUGGCUGGUUUGGAACCACAAUAUGGUCUUUACUCGGCAUUUAUGGGUGCAAUAGUUUACGUGCUAUUUGGCUCCUGUAAAGAUAUUACAAUUGGUCCCACCGCACUCAUGGCAUUAAUGACUCACGACUAUGUGCAAGGAAAAAAUGCUGAUUUCGCCAUACUUCUCGCAUUCUUAUCUGGUUGCCUGCAAUUACUAAUGGCAUGCUUACGCUUAGGUGUACUUGUAGAUUUUAUUUCGAUACCAGUCACUGUGGGCUUUACUUCAGCAACGUCCGUCAUAAUCGUUGCUUCGCAAUUGAAAGGAUUAUUAGGUUUAAAAAUUUCGUCUCAAGGAUUUAUGGAUACUUUAAUUAAAGUUUUUCAAAAUAUUGGUAAUACGAGUCUCUGGGAUACUGGGAUGAGUAUCUCUUGCAUCGCAAUUCUAUUGUUGUUUAGAAAAAUGAAGGAUGUUAAAUUACAUGUUAUUAGUAAGAAGUCGGUGAAUUAUCAACGCAUAAUUGCGAAAGCGAUAUGGCUGAUCUCUACGGCGCGGAACGCCAUUGUCGUUGUUACUUGCUCGGUUAUUGCUUACAAAUAUGAUUCGUCCGAAUCUGAAUCUCCGUUUAUUCUAACGGGUCCUGUGAGAUCUGGUCUUCCACCAUUCGGCCUGCCACCUUUUUCCACACAAGUAAAUAAUCAGACUCUUACCUUCACACAAAUGUGUUCCGAAUUGGGUACUUCUAUAAUAUUAGUGCCGAUAAUAGCUGUGCUCGGUAACGUAGCCAUAGCUAAGGCCUUUAUGAAUGAAGGUAAAGUUGAUACUUCCCAAGAACUUUUGACACUCGGAAUCUGUAACGUUCUUGGGUCCUGCGCGAGUUCUAUGCCAGUUACAGGAUCAUUCAGUAGAUCAGCAGUAAAUCAUGCGAGUGGUGUGAAGACGCCAAUGGGUGGAUUAUAUACUGGAAUUCUGAUUUUACUGGCCCUUAGGCUACUUACGCCAUAUUUCUAUUUCAUUCCAAAAGCUUCAUUAUCGGCCGUGAUCAUUUGCGCGGUAAUAUACAUGAUAGAGUACGAAGUUGUGAAACUGAUGUGGAAAUCGAGCAAAAAGGAUCUUAUACCGAUGUUUGUUACUUUUUUAUUUUGUCUCAUCAUUGGUGUAGAAUAUGGUAUUUUAUCGGGGGUCGCUAUAAAUUUGAUGUUCCUAUUGUAUCCUUCCGCAAGACCUACAGUUCACGUCGACAAAUACACGACUGAUUGUGGUGCAGAAUACUUAUUAGUUACUCCAGGAAAUAGUUUAUAUUUCCCAGCUGUCGAUUUUAUAAAGAAAUCGGUCGGUAAUGCUGGUAUAAAGCAAGGAUCUAGUCAAAUACCGGUUGUUGUUGAUUGCAGAUACAUUUUAGGGGCAGAUUUUACAGCUGCUAAGGGUAUGAAAACAUUGAUCAAUGAAUUUAGUAGUCGCAAACAAGGAUUGUAUUUUUACAAUCCAAGAUCGGAUGUGGUUACUGUUUUGAAAGGUGCCUGUGGCGAUGAAUUCCAAUACGUUUCGACUCAGGAAGAGCUCUCUUAUUUGUUAUCGACUGUUCAAGACAAAUCUUCGCAACAACUUCUUGACCAAACACAUGACAAAUUACAUGCAUCGUUAACAUUAAAUAAUUCGGAGAUGAUUCACAGAAAUGCGCGUGGUUCCUGCCAUGAACUUAGUGAGGUGACAAGUACACUUUUACAUGCAACUGCAAGUUGAAAUUGAAUUUCAUUUUUAUAUUAAUAAAAAACA